AAAAGUCAAAGAUGUCACUGCGCAACAGCCAUGGACCAUGUGAAUUAGUUCCACACAUCUUAUUUCCAAUUCGCCAAAAGACAAUAUAUAUAUACAUAUACAUAAUGGAUUGUGAGGAGUAUCGGAGACGAGGCAAGGAGAUGGUGGACUACAUUGCAGACUAUCUGCAGAACAUACGGGAGAGGCGCGUCUUUCCCAACGUCACGCCCGGCUACAUGAGAACCCUCCUGCCGGACUCCGCUCCGCUCGAGGGCGAGAGUUGGGAAGCAAUUUUCGCCGAUGUGGAGCGCGUUGUGAUGCCCGGAGUCACUCAUUGGCAGAGUCCUCACAUGCACGCUUACUUCCCAGCGCUCAACUCUUACCCAUCUCUCUUGGGUGACAUGCUAGCGGAUGCGAUUAACUGCCUGGGCUUCACAUGGGCGUCCUCGCCGGCGUGUACAGAGUUGGAGACAGUGGCGAUGAAUUGGCUGGGGAAGAUGAUUGGACUGCCGGACGAUUUCCUGCACAUGGGCAGCUCAAGUCGUGGCGGCGGUGUGAUCCAGACAACAGCCAGUGAAGCCACUCUUGUGUGCCUCCUGGCUGGCAGAACCCAAGCCAUCAGGCGCUUCCAUGAACACUCACCAGGACUCCAGGACUCCGAGGUGAAUGCCCGCCUCGUGGCCUAUUGCUCGGAACAGGCUCACUCGAGUGUGGAAAAGGCCGCUCUCAUCGGUCUCGUGAGGAUGCGCUACAUUGAGGCGGAUGAGAAAUUGAGCCUUCGCGGUGAGCCACUUCGUGAGGCAAUUGAGAGUGAUAUUCAGCAAGGAUUGAUACCAUUUUGGGUCUGCGCCACUCUGGGCACAACAGGAGCUUGUGCCUUUGACAAUCUCGAGGAAGUGGGCACAGUUUGUCAGGAGUUCAAACUCUGGCUCCACGUGGACGCCGCCUAUGCGGGCAGUGCUUUCAUCUGUCCGGAGUAUCGAGGAUGGCUCAAAGGGAUUCGCCGGGCAGAUUCUCUGGCUUUCAAUCCCUCCAAAUGGCUCAUGGUGCACUUUGAUUGCACAGCUCUGUGGGUGAAGAAUAGCGGAGCCUUGCAUAGAACCUUCAAUGUUGAACCACUCUAUCUUCAGCACGAGAACUCUGGCUUGGCUAUCGAUUACAUGCACUGGCAAAUUCCGCUCAGCAAGCGAUUCCGCGCCCUCAAGCUCUGGUUUGUUCUGCGAAAUUACGGCAUCAAGGGCCUCCAGAAGCACAUCCGAGAGGGUGUUCGCCUGGCGCAGAAAUUUGAGGCACUGGUUUUGGCUGAUCAUCGCUUCGAAAUACCAGCCGCCAGACAUUUGGGCAUGGUGGUGUUUCGCUUGAGGGGCGACAAUGAUCUCACCGAGAGACUCCUCAAGAGGCUCAACAAUCGCGGCAACUUGCACUGCGUGCCGGCAUCCCUCAAGGGACGAUAUGUCAUCCGCUUCACCAUCACUUCGGCGCGCACCACCAACGAGGACAUCCUCAAGGAUUGGGCAGAGAUCCGAACAGUGGCCACGGAAAUCCUCGAGGAGAUGAACGUGAAGAUUGAGCGGACAAGAGUGUGUCUCAAAGACACUCGAGAGAAGAAUGAGGCUUUCGGCUCAAGUCUCCUCCUGGCCAAUUCACCAAUGUCACCGAAGAUUGUCAACGGUUCCUUUGCUGCCAUCUUCGAUGCCGAUGAGUUUCUGGCCAAAGCAUACGCCGGCAUAAGAAUUGCUAAUCAAGACUCUCCGGCGAUGAGACGCCGCGUGCGUGGCAUUCUCAUGUCCGGCAAGCAAUUCUCCCUGGACUCUCGCAUGGAUCUCGUCGUUCAGGGCAUCCACAACAGCAGCGAUGGUGAGAAUUUCCUAGACAAAAACCGCACCAUCACCGAGGACAACGAGGAUCCGUGGGAAGCUUAUGAAGAAACAAACGCCAUUCAGGAAAAUGCUACAGACAUCGACAAGAAGCUCCAGAACAUCCGAUUAAGAAACCGACAACGUUCCAACAGUGCGGCAGAAGCGAAUCCGAUCCCUAAACACACAAUUCCCCGGAAAACUCACUUCAGAACUCACAGAAAGUCCGAACCAAUUCUUCCUUUCUCAAGAAUACUCAGAGAAGAGGAGAAUUUCCCCAAUAUUCCACAUGUCAACUCUUUUGCCAGCAAUCUUGGUGAUUCCUGUGGCUUUUCCAAUCCCGCCUUUUUCCAGGAAAUCAUGGGCUUCUCCCAGGAUGAAUGUUUCGAAUGGAAUGUGCCGGAAAGUUCCUGGAAAACUCCCCACAUUCACAUCUCCGUCACUGAUCAAUGUAACACCAUUCAUGAGGAUGACAAUCAAUCACCUCUUGAGGAAACUAUCUAUGCCAAUGUGAAAUUCUGUCGAAAAUGUGGUCAUCAUUCACUUAAGAUUUAA